GUAAGUGAAGCCAACUGGACGCAGUUGUUUCAGUUUCAGCUAGUUGUGGUUCAAGUUCACGACAAUGAUGAAUCUCGAGAGAAGCUGUGGAGUAUCUUAUACAACGUCUAUAAGACACGGAUUAUCCCAGCGGAGCGACGUCUCAUGGAAUUAGUGACGAAGAACAAGUCCAAAAUCGAAGAUGCUAUGGGCAAAAUGUCAGGAGCGCUGGAUGCGUCGAGGAAAGCACACAAUUAUGAUCAUGAUCUUGAUCGCAUUCUCUUGAUCAUCCAUGCGUAUAUGGGUAGCAGCAUGGAUGAAAAAAAUUCACUUAGCCGAUUAGAAGAGUGGAUGGAGAGCAUCGUGGGAUGCCUGAGAAUCGACGAACUAGAGAUCCGUUUGGCCUCGUCGCUUGGCGAUAAGCUAUUGGCAGACAACAUAGUCGACCUGAUGUACCAAAUCGCCACUCCGAAACUUACUUUCGACAUGUUCUUCAAGUUUAAGGCCAUUUUUCUUAACGGGAACGGGAAGACACCUGUCGUCAAGUAUGGAUUGCCUGGCAGCUUAAUGACCGAAGCCCCACAGACUGCAAGCCGGACAAUCGAACCAGCCAGCAAUUCAAGAGAGCAAGACAGACAAGACAAAGCAAUGAACAAGGCCCGCGAGAGUCUUUGUGAUUCUGAUAAACAAACUCCCAUAGAAGAAUUACAGCCCAUCAGCAAACAAUAUACUCUCAAGCUUCUGGCCUUCCUAUACUCAGGCAGAAGCCCUGAAAGUGGCACACCUAUAUAUGCUACUUUUGGAUAUCAAGCCUGUAAAACAAAAGAACAGGUUCAUCGUCUUAGUGUUGUAUACACUAAGAUGUUAAUCAAAACCCCUACACAAGCUAAAGCAUUCAAAGACUUCUGGAAGGCAGCGGAAAGUCACCAACUAGUUAAAUACAUUGACAAGAGAGGGUAUAAAAACAGCAGGCUUCUUAUUACUGAAUUAUCAACUGCACUUGAGAGUCCAUACAAAGGGAACGAAUCUGUAUGGGUUCUUAAGGCAUUCGUCAGCAGCAGCAGCAGCAGCCCUAGCGAUGAUCCUCCAUGCUCUCUAAUUAGAGACUACGCAUUUCACUUGUGCCGCAAUAGGAACGAGGUCGAAGAGCUUAAAGCAAUAUAUAAUAAACUUAUUAAGAGUACAACGCUAAUAAGUAUUUAUCAUGCCUGUAUAAAAGGCAGGCUGCAAGAGUUAGCUUAA